AACCGCGUUUGUGGGUCCCUCUCAUCUCCUGUGGUUCACACAUAUAUAUAAUCUAGGUACACACACCUCUACAUACACUUAUCUGUAUCUAUACAUUUCUCUCGAAGAUGGCGGAAAACGGUGAAGAAAAGCUCAUAGCAGUAGCGCGUCACAUAGCGAAGACGCUCGGCCACACGGACAACACCGCCGACGAUAUUCUCCAGAUCUUCUCCAACUUUGAUGGCAGGUUGCGCGAGAAACUGUCGGAGAAGUUGAUCGACGACGACGACGUUUUGAAGAACUCGUCUUUGUCAUCUCUCGAUCAGAAUUUGAAGUCUCUGGACCGGCGGAUCUCGAGGUACUUGUCUGCGGACCGGUUGAUUUGGUCGGAUUCGGCUGACUCCGCCGCGUUUUUGGACGCCGUUGACGAUUUGAUCGCCGUGAUUCGCGAUUGGACGCCGAUGGCGGCGGAGAAGUCGGUGGCGAGUAGUUUAGACCGAGCGGAAGAUUUGUUGCAGCAGAGUAUGUUUAGGCUGGAAGAUGAGUUUAAAUCGUUGAUGGAACGAGGCGGUGAGUCGUUCGAUGUGACUCGGUACUCGAACGGUGAGUCGACUGGCUUUGACUCGGAUGAGGAGAUUGACGAUGAUGAGAACGACGACGACGAGGAGAUUCCGGUUGCGCAUCGGAUAUCGGAUUUUAAUAUCGUGAUUGAUGCGUUGCCGUCGGGGACGAUUAAUGAUUUGCACGAGAUUGCAAAGCGGAUGGUGAUUGCUGGAUACGGAAAGGAGUGUUCGUAUGCGUACAGUAGUUAUCGGAGAGAGUUUUUGGAUGAGAGUGUGAGCAGGUUAGGGUUACAGAAGUUGAGUACUGAUGAGGUUCAGAAGAUGCAGUGGGCAGAUCUCGAGGAGGAGAUUGAGAGGUGGAUUAAGGCUGCGAAUGUGGCGGUGAGGAUACUGUUUCCGAGUGAGCGGAGGUUGUGUGAUCGAGUGUUUUAUGGAUUCUCGAAUGCGUCUGAUUUGUCCUAUAUGGAGGUUUGUAGAGGUGGAAUGACUCAGCUUCUGCAGUUUGCGGAUGCAGUUGCGAUUGGGAGUCGUGCACCGGAGAGGUUGUAUAAGGUGUUGGAUGUUUUUGAGGCGCUUAGGGACUUGAUUCCGCAUAUUCAGAUGGUGUUUGCGGAUCAAUAUUGUUUGUUUAUGUGUAACGAAGCAAUUAGUAUUUGGAAGAAAUUGGGGGAAGCGAUAAGAGGGAUUUUUAUGGAGUUGGAGAACUUGAUUAGGCGUGAUCCGGCUAAAGCUGCGGUUCCUGGUGGUGGACUUCAUCCGAUUACGCGAUAUGUGAUGAAUUAUAUAAGAGUUGCUUGCCAAUCUCGACAAACGCUUGAACAGGUGUUUGAGGAUGGUGUUAGUUCACCUGUGGACAGGCCUUCUUCGUCUUCAUCAUUGUCAGUACAAAUGUCUUGGAUGAUGGAGUUGUUGGAGAGUAAUUUGGAGGCUAAGUCGAAAAUUUACAGGGAUACUGCGUUGGCUUCUGUGUUUAUGAUGAAUAACGGAAGGUACAUUGUUCAGAAAGUGAAAGAUAGCGAGCUGGGAUCCCUUCUAGGGGACGACUGGACUAGGAAACAUACUGCUAAAGUGAAGCAGUAUCAUGUGAAUUACCAGAGAAGUUCGUGGAGUAAGGUUCUGCAAGUGUUGAAAUUGGAUAAUAAUUCGUCGUCUCCUACAGUUGAGUUGAGGGCAAUGAAAGAGAAGAUUAAGCUAUUCAAUAACCAGUUUGAUGAGAUAUGCAAAAUUCAAUCCAAUUGGGUGAUAUUCGACGAGCAGCUGAAGCAGGAAUUGAGGAUUUCAGUAUUCAGUAACUUGUCAAUGGCAUACCGCAGCUUCCUAGGGAGAGUACAGAGUGUUCCGGACACUGGGAGGCAAAUGGAGAGACAUAUCAAGUACACUGUGGAGGAUCUCGAGUCUAAGAUCAAUGAGUUGUUUAGAGGGAAUGGUAGAAGGAAGUGAAAUAUAGAAGACGGGAAGAAUCAAGUAAACAGCCUGUUGGUGAAUUAUCUGUUGUUAUAUUAUGAUAUUGUAUUGCUGUAACAUUUGUUGUUAGUGUAGCAGUAUUAUGUAAAAUUUUGUUGUAUGUUAAUGUGAUAUUCGCUCAUA